GGCUACGUACUGUAAUUGCAGAUGAACCAACCGGGAAGUGUCUCGUGAUCCGCUGCUGAAGAUGUUUACAUUUAGUUUAACGCUCAUAAGACAUGGGGAAACACAGUACAACAGGGAAAAGCUCCUGCAAGGUCAAGGUGUGGACACUCCCCUGUCUGAGACAGGUCUGCAGCAGGGUGAAGCAGUAGGACAAUACCUCAAAGACAUCACAUUCAACAAUGUGUUUGCCAGUAAUUUACAACGGGCUGUACAGACAGCUGAAAUAAUUCUGAGGAACAACACUCACUGUUCUGGCAUGGAGAUGGUUUUGGAGCCGUUACUCAGAGAGAGGGGUUUUGGUAUUGCUGAAGGACGUCCAAAAGAGGAUCUGAAGAACAUGGCCAAUGCUGCCGGCCAGUCAUGCCGUGACUACACACCACCAGGAGGAGAGACUUUAGACCAGGUGAAGCUGCGAUUCAAAAAAUUCCUCAAAGUCCUUUUCAAGCGAAUGUUGGAUGAACACGGCUCGUCAGGGCCGGAUGACUCUACAGGAGCGUCACCAUCCGGAGACGCUGCAAAUGAGACGGCAGCAGCUGCCUCGGACGUCACCUCUGGUGGUUUGGCUGAUGAUGGUCUGCAGGGACUGUCAGUCCACGCUCUGGUCGUGAGCCACGGCGCCUACAUCCGUGUAGCCAUCAGGCACCUUGUAGAGGACUUAAAGUGCUCUCUGCCUCCAGGGGUGAAGAUGUCCCACCUUUUUUCCCCCUGUCCAAACACCGGCAUCAGUCGCUUUAUUCUCACUCUGAGCCAGUCCGAGUCCGGCCCGGUCCUCUCUGCUGCUCGAUGUGUUUUCACCAACAGAAAGGACCACCUGGAAAACCUCACAGCUGUUGAAUAGUAGAGGAAAACCUUUUAUGUGUGCAGGGUCUGUACUGUCUGUGCAGAUACACAGUAUAUCUGACGUAUAAAAAAACAGCCACAAACACUAAAGGGAAAUAAAAGGCAAAAAAACCUCAAAGUUACCACAGGUGACUAAAUUCAACAAUGCACAGGGUAAAUUAUGUUUUGUCAGUAAUUAAUAGUGUUUUCCUGUGGAUCAAUAGUCAAAAUAGUUGUGCAGUACAGUAUUAUCAAACCAUUCCAUCAUCCCUCCAACUGUAGGCCAGUAAGGACUUAUGUGUCAUACUACACAUUUAAUAUGAUUCAUUUUAUUGCCUCUUUUAUCAUGUUAUACCAAAGUCAGACUAUUUAUUGUAUUGUUGAACAUUGUUGGUGAGUGUGGCAUUUUCAAGUUGAUGCAUCUCCUGUGUUGCUGUAGAGCUGCUCAUUUUACUUGUGCAAUAUAAGAUGACAAGACUGAAUCUUUGUUGAGUUUCUGUUUAACAAAAAAGUCUCAUGCAUACUUAUAAAUAUAAACAGCUACAUCAUUAAAAUUCUGCCUAUAUGCUAAUAAAUCAGUAAUAACAUUACAGUAAAAUUAUAUAUAGCAAUCUAACUCCUAAAGAGGCCAUUCUGCUGCAUUAAGAGUACUUUUACUUCUGAUACCUAUAUGUUUUGCUGACACAACUGUUGCAUUUUUAACUAAAGUAAGGGUUUGAAAGCAGGGCUUUUCCUUUUAAGGAAGGAUUAUUAAUCUGUGUUACUAGAUGUGAAUACUUCUUCCACCACUGCUAGUAACCAGGUGCAAGCAAACACACACAAUCCACACUGGUAUCCCUGAUCUGAAAGGCUCUCAGAGUGUGAUGGAUCUUAUCUUUAAGAACUGAUACGGAUCAUUUUUCUCAUCCUGAGUGAGUGGGAAAAGUUUGAGCACCUCUGGGCUCUGUACAACUGUCACCUCUGAGCUGUGCAGAGCGUUAACAGGUUUGAGAGACGUGCAUUCAUCCUCACAGAGCAGUAGUACAGCAUCUUGCUGAAGCAUCUUAGAAAGUCUUAACAGCUGCUCUUAAAGCAGUCAGUUUGACAUGUUGGGAAAUACUCCCAUUUGCUUUCUUAUAGUAGGGCUAAAUUAUCAAGUGAGCAACUACUGAGGAGCCCAAAAGUCUCUGGUUUACUCCGUAUUAUUUGGGUCUAUAUAAUCUGAUAGAAAUUUGCACCACUGAAGUUAAAUAUCGACUAUGACGGGUCUUCUGUCCUCUAUCUCGUAACUGUGUCUUAUGAAGGGACUCAGUCAAAAUCUAGUUUAAUACCUUAAAUGUUGUAGUUAUUUAAUGCAAACUGCUUCCAGCCUCAGGCAAGUUGCAAUUAUUACAUCAUACAAGUACUAUUAAGGCUGCAACCAAUAAUUUGCAUUAUCAGUAGGUGUGAAAAUUAUUUUUUUAAUAACUUAUUAAUUUUGUAGUCUAUAAAAUGACAGAAAACAGUGGCAGAAUGCCCAUCAUAAAUCUCAAAGCCCAAGAUAACACAUUCAGCUUGCUUUAAUAUCAAAUCAACAGUUGAAAACCCAAAUAUGGUGAAUUUGCUAUCAUAGAAAAUUAGGGAAACUUGCAAACUUUCACAUUUAAGAAGCUAGCUCCAAUAAAUGUUUUACAUUUUUGCUAAACAAGGGACUUAAACAAUAAAUCAGUUAUAGCUGUUGCCAAUCUGGCUAAGUCUACAUCUGUAUCUAUAAUAAAAUCACCCCAAAAACACCUCUAAAGUUCAGAGAUUAUCACGUUAAAUAUAGUUUGAUAUGUAAAAAUAAUGUGUCAUGUUUCAGCGGGGUUAUGUUGCCUGUGUUGUGCUGUAUUCUGUGACUGGACUAUUUCUUGGCUGGGAACAGUAUAAGUCCUGGAAUCUCUAGUGCAAUGGGGGAAAUGUCAAACUAUUCCGUCAAAGGUUAAUGAACGACAAUGACCAAUUUGGCAGUUAGAGAAAGUACAAAGGGCACUAAAGUGUAUUUUUAGGUGACACGACUGGGAUGUAGCUCAUGUACCUGUUUGCUAAUUAAGCGGAGGAGGUGUAAAAGUGCAGGAUAUUCAGCUAAUGAGUGGAACUCCACAGUAACUGGGUCAAUGUUAAACCUGCUUACACAUUCAUGACUUCCUUUUCGCAUAGUACAUGUUGUCUUUAUCAAAUGACACAGCACACGGGGUGUUAAAGCACCAGGGUUUAAAGACUCCACAAGCACACAAGCCUAGGUUUGCAUAAAAUAACACACAACACAGACCAUGUUUCCUUUAUGAGUUUAUUUUGUCCCAAAUUCAAGCAACACUCCAUCCACAACUUCUACUCAUACAUUCAAAGACAAACCAUGUUUUCUUAUAUGUACAUUUAAAUGUAAUUAAAACUUGUAAAAGCAUUCGUAUAAAUACCAUAAAUAACACUAAAGGAAUGGUUUUAAAUAAAUAAAUACUCUUUG